CGCUCGCUCCGGGGCAGUUGCGCGCUUGUGCCGGCAGAGCUGGGUGGCGGGAGGAGAAGGCGGAGUCCGCCGGGAAAACGAAACCAAGAGCGAGCGGCCUGCCCUGCGUCGGCCUCCGCGCGCCCAGAGAGCGCGGGACGACGUGGACGCAGUGGACGCAGAUCGCUAGUCCCGGGUCAGCCCGCAGCCACCGCGCUAGUCCCCGAUCAGUCCCGGAUCUCGGGAAAGGGUCGAGAAGCGCGCUGGGAACUGAAAGCCAUUUUCUUCCUAGGAAGAAUUUUUAUCAGUGCAGGUUACUGGAAGAAGAAAUGGCCGGUGAUCCUUCAUCAGAUAGUACACCAGGUUACUUCAUGGAAGAACUUAAUAAAUACAGUCAGAAAGAGAAUUUGGCGCUGGAGUAUCGUGAAGUGAGUAAGUCAGGACCUGCCCAUAAUUUCAGGUUUACAUUUCGAGUUAUAAUAAAUGAGAGAGAAUUUCCAGAAGCCCAAGGUAAAACAAAGAAGGAAGCGAAAAAAGCUGCUGCCAGAUUAGCUGUUGAGAUACUUAAUAGGGAAAACAAGAGUGUUAGUCUUUUAUCAUUGACAAGUACAGAUACUUCAGAAGGAUCAUCCCUUGGGAAUUACAUAGGCCUUGUUAAUAGGUAUGCCCAGAAGAAAAAAUUAACUGUAAAUUAUGAACAAUGUGAAUCAAUGGAGCCUGAGCCCACAAGAUUUCAUUGUAAAUGCAAAAUUGGGCAGAAAGAAUAUGAUAUCGGUAAAGGUUCUACUAAACAAGAGGCAAAACAAUUGGCUGCUAAACUUGCUUAUCUUCAGAUAUACCCAGAAAGAAGCUCUAUGAAAUCUGAUUCAGCAUUCUCUGAUUCUUUUACUUCUCCGAGUAACUUUGGAAGCGCAUCUUUUGACAAUAGCAUGUGUGCUUCUGAAUCAUCACCUGAAAGUGACUUUUCAGCAAAUGCUUCAAACAGUCUCAUAAAUAAUCAAAAGAAGGCAAGAAGAAAGUUGGCACCUAGAUUUGAUCCUCCUGGGAUGAAUGGAAGAAAGUACACGGUGAAUGACAGGUUUGUCAAGGAUUAUAAGGAAAUAGAACCAAUUGGCACAGGUGGAUAUGGCCAAGUUUUCAAAGCAAAACACAGAAUUGAUGGAAAGACAUACGUUAUCAAGCGUGUUAUAUACAAUAGUGAGAAGGUAGAGCGUGAAGUGAAAGCACUGGCAGACCUCGAUGAACAUGAGAAUAUCGUGCGCUACCAUGGCUGUUGGGAUGGGGAGGAUUAUGAUCCUGAGGCCAGUGGUUACGAUCCUGAGACCAGUGGUUACGAUACUGAGACUAGUGACUGUGAUUCCAAGAAGAGCACAGAUAAUUCAGGACAAAUGACUAGGUGUCUUUUCAUCCAAAUGGAAUUCUGUGAUAAAGGGACAUUGGAACAAUGGAUUGAUAACAGAAGAGGCAAGAAACCAAACAAAGCAAUGGCUUUGGAAUUCUUUGAACAAAUAACAAAAGGAGUGGAUUUUAUACAUUCAAAACAGUUAAUUCAUAGAGAUCUUAAGCCAAGUAACAUAUUUUUAGUAGAUAAGAAAAAAAUAAAGAUUGGAGACUUCGGACUUGUGACAUCCCUGGAAAAUGAUGAAAAGCGAACAAGUGAUACGGGAACUAGACGAUACAUGAGCCCAGAACAGAUUUCUUCACAAGAAUACGGAAAAGAAGUGGACCUCUAUGCUUUGGGGUUAAUUCUUGCUGAACUUCUUUACAUAUGUGACACUUCUGCAGAAACAGCUAAGAUUUUCCAAGAUCUAAGGAAUGGCUUGCUUCCAAAUGUAUUUGAUGACAAAGAAAAAAUACUUCUACAGAAAUUAAUCUCGAAGGAUCCCAAGGAGCGACCUAAUACAUCUGAAAUACUGAACACCUUGUCUCUGUGGAAGGAUGUUGCAGAGAAAAGGGAACGAAACACAUGUUAGGAGCCUUCUACAAAACUUCCUGCUUCUGAUACAGGAUUUUCUGUUUUUUUUUUUUUUUUUCAAUUCUUUUCUUUUUUUUUUUAUUAAAUCAUAGCUGUGUACAUUGUUAUGAUCAUGAUACUUUGCUAAGAAGAAUAUGUUGUAGAUUCAUCCCUGUAAACAUGAAAUAGGUGAAGGCUUCAUCUUGGUUUAACACUGCAUAAUAUUCCAUAGUAUACAUGUACCACAAUUUGCUAGUCCAUUCGUGGGUCAGUGGGCACUUGGGCUUCUUUCCUGACUUAGCAAUUAUGAAUUGGGCUGCAAGAAACAUUCUGGUACAGAUGUCUUUGUUAUAUUGUGAUUUUUGGUCUUCUGGGUAUAAACCUAGUAAAGGAAUUAAUUAUAGGCUCGAAUGGCAGGUCUAUUUUUAGGUCUCUAAGUAUUCUCCAAACAUCCUUCCAGAAGUAACGUAUUAGUGUGCAUUCCCACCAGCAGUGUAGAAGUGUGCCCUUUUCUCCACAUCCACGCCAACAUCUCUGGUUUUGGGAUUUUGUUAUGUGGGCUACUCUUACUGGGGUUAGGUGAUAUCUCAAAGUAGUAUUGAUUUGUAUUUGAUGAUUAAGGAUGAUGAGCUUUUUUUCAUGUGUUUGUAGAUCAUGCGUCUGUCUUCUUUAAAGAAGUUUCUCUUCAACUCCUUUGCCCACCCUGAGUUGGGAUCACUUGUUCUUUUCUUGCUAAUACAUUUGAAUUCUUUGUGGAUUCUGGUUAUUAGACCUUUAUCAGAGGUAUAACCUGCAAAUAUUUUCUCCCAUUCUGAGGGCUGUCUGCUUGCUUAACUUAUGUUCUUGGCUGUGCAGAAGCUUUUUAUUUUGAUCAGGUCCCAGUAGGGUAUUUUUGAUACUGCUUCAAUUGCCUGGGGAUUCCUCCUCAUAAAAUAUUCACCCAGGCCAAUUCCUUCAAGAGUUUUCCCUGCACUUUCUUCAAGUAUUUUUAUAGUUUCAUGUCUUAAGUUUAAAUCUUUUAUCUAGUGUGAGUCUAUCUUAGUUAAUGGUGAAAGGGGUGGGUCCAGUUUCAAUCUUUUACAGGUCGUCAGCCAGUUCACCCAGCACCAUUUGUUAAAUAGGGAAUAUUUUCCCCACUGACUGUUUUUAAUUGGCUUGUCAAAGAUCAAAUAAUGGUAAGUAGCUAGAUUCAUCUCUUGGUUCUCUAUUCUGUUCCAGACAUCUACUUCUCUGUUUUUGUGCCAAUACCAUGCUGUUUUGAUCACUAUCGAUUUACAGUACAGUCUCAGGUCUGGUAGCAUGAUUCCUCCUGCUGUGUUUUUAUUGCUGAGUAAUGUCAGAGCAGAAUUAAAUGAAAUUGAAAAUAAAAGAAUUAUACAACAGAUCAAUAAAUCCAAAAGUUGGUUUUUUGAAAAGAUCAAUAAAAUAGACCUUUGGCCAACCUAACCAGGAAAAAAAGAGUAAAAUCUCUAAUUUCAUCAAUCAGAAAUGGUAAUGAUGAAAUAACAACAGACCCCUCAGAAAUUCAAAAAAUCCUUAACCAAUACUUCAAGAAACUCUACUCUCAGAAAUAUGAAAAUCUGAAAGAAAUCGACCAAUACCUGGAAGUACGCCACCUACCAAGACUUAGCCAGAACGAAGUGGAAAUGUUGAACAGGCCUAUAUCAAGUUCUGAAAUCGCAUCAACUAUACAAAAUCUCCCUAAAAAGAAAAGCCCAGGACCAGAUGGCUUUACGUCAGAAUUCUACCAAACAUUUAAAGAAGAACUAGUACCUAUAUUACUCAACCUGUUCCAAAGUAUAGAAAAAGAAGGAAUAUUACCCAACACAUUCUACGAAGCAAACAUCACCUUGAUCCCUAAACCAGGGAAAGACCCAACAAGAAAAAAAAUUAUAGACCAAUAUCACUAAUGAAUAUUGAUGCUAAAAUACUCAAUAAGAUCCUAACAAACAGAAUCCAACA